AUGAGAAUCGUUCUGCCCCUUCUACUUUUCGCCUUGUCCGCCGAUCCAAGCAAUGCCUGGACCACCACGCCCCAUCAUGCUACUGCAGUUGUGAAGUGCCCUCGCCAAGUCAGGCUGUUGGCAUUGAAGAAUGGAAAUCAGGAAACCGAAAAAGACUCUUUCCGCCACAACAAUCCGCUCCAACCGACAUUUUCUUCUCGAAGACAAUGGUUAUCGGGUAUCAUGACAGCUGCCGGGAUGGGUCUCACUGGUGUUGUUACUGGUAGUAGUCCCUCCAAUGCGGCCACACCCAUUGCCGCCACGGCAUCUCUGUGCGAUCCGACCGUGUCGGUCUGGGAACGCAAUGGACGAGUCAUUUAUCUGUUGGGCACGGCGCACAUCUCCUCGUCGUCGGCGCAAUUGGCCGGGAAACUCGUCCAAGACACACACCCCGAUGCGGUAUUUGUGGAACUGGAUCUGAAACGGAUUGGAGGAUCGGGAACCAUGGCCAAACGCAUGGCGGAAUCCAACAAUCAAGGAGUGCAAAUCGGGACAUCCGACGAUCCCGAUAGCAAACCUACGCGACUCUUGGUAAAUCCCGUAGGAAGGAGUCCUCCACCACCUGCAGUAGAGACGUCUUCCACGGCAUUGGCCGAAGAAGCCACCGAGACGACAACAGCAGCCGCCGAACCGACAAAACCCAAAAAGAGCGGUGGUGGCCUGCUGAGCAAUUUGGGAGCCGCUGCUGUUGGAAAGGGCAUCAAGUCCAUGUACGCAAAACUAGGCGAUGAAGGCUUUCAGCCCGGGGAAGAAUUUAUUGUCGCCAUUAAAGAGGGACAAAAGAUUGGAAGUGCCGUGGUGCUCGGUGACCAAGAUGUGGACGUGACACUCAGGAGAAUGUCCGAAGCCAUUCGACAAACAGACCUUAGUCGGUUGCUCAAUCCGGACAAUGAUUUGGAACAAAGCAUGAGAGAAAUGAUGCCCAGCAGCAGCAGUUCUGGCAGUACCAUGGCGGCGUCGGAAUUGACAGAAUACGUGGAAGUGAUCAAAACCAAGGAAAAUGUCCAGAAAAUCAUGGCCCUGCUCAAGAAUGAAGCACCGGCCAUGUACCAGGUCAUGGUUUCGGAACGGGAUGCCUACAUGGCGGCAGGCCUCAAUACGCUGAAUGAAUUUGCCAUCAUCACGGCAGUCAUGGGAUUGGCUCAUGUGGAUGGCGUGGAAAGGAAUCUGCGGAGUGAGGGAUGGAAACCAGUCCCACUGCGGUGUCAGUAA